CACUCGGUCAACCGCAAAGCAAAGUCACACACUCUCACUCAUUCUCUCUUUUUGACACAGAACCAGAGACGCAUGUGACACACACACAUACACACACACUCACAGACACCACUCCUUAGCAUAGCGGGACAAGCAGCUCACAAAUAACAGAGACAUCUACCACUUGGAUUUUAUCAGAGGCUUUAAGAAGAGACCAGACACAGAGGCGUGGAGAGAAGAGACCAGACACAGAGGACUGGAGAGAAGAGACCAGACACAGAGGACUGGAGAGAAGAGACCAGACACAGAGGAGUGGAGAGAAGAGACCAGACCAGACACAGAGGACUAGAGAGAAGAGACCAGACAUAGAGGACUGGAGAGAAGAGACCAGACACAGAGGACUGGAGGGAAGAGACCAGACACAGAGAACUGGAGAGAAGAGAUCAGACACAGAGGACUGGAGAGAAGAGACCAGACCAGACACAGCGGACUGGAGAGAAGAGACCAGACCAGACACAGAGGACUGGAGAGAAGAGACCAGACACAGAGGAGUGGAGAGAAGAGACCAGACACAGAGGAGUGGAGAGAAGAGACCAGACACAGAGGACUGGAGAGAAGAGACCAGACACAGAGGAGUGGAGAGAAGAGACCAGACACAGAGGAGUGGAGAGAAGAGACCAGACACAGAGGAGUGGAGAGAAGAGACCAGACACAGAGGACUGGAGAGAAGAGACCAGACACAGAGGAGUGGAGAGAAGAGACCAGACACAGAGGAGUGGAGAGAAAAAGAGUAGGAAGACAGAGGAAGCCACAGAAAGAGGAAGAGACAAGAGGAACACCAGACCGAAGUCCCAGUGACUCAGGCUCUACACUGAAGACUUCCAGAUCCUGAACCUGUGUUAUCAAGGAGGCUCCGUCCUCCUCCCAGCCCCCUGUGUGUGUGUGUGUGUGUGUGUGUGUGUGUGUGUGUGUGGUGUGUGUGUGUGUGUGUGUGUGUGUGUGUGUGUGUGUGUGUGUGUGUGUGUGUGUGUGUGUGUGUGUGGUGUGCACCCCUUUCCCUCCUCGUCCCACCCACCAUCACCCCCCCAGUCCACCAUGCUGUGGACUGUUCCCCUAGCUCUGCUGGUUCUCCUCUUACUGCAGACCCAGCUAUGUGUCUGUCUACGGGGGCUCCGAGCAGCCGGCUCUUCCUCCUCUCGCUCUCGUAAUGCCACCCAGCAGCGCCUGCCUGGAGCUGUCAUCAUCGGCGUGCGUAAAGGUGGCACCAGGGCCCUUCUAGAGAUGCUCAACCUCCAUCCGGACGUAGAGGUUGCCCAAGCUGAGGUGCACUACUUCAACGUGGAAGAGCACUUCCGGCGGGGGCUGGCGUGGUACCGUGCCCAGAUGCCCUUCACCCUGCCUGGGCAGCUGACGGUGGAGAAGACUCCUGGAUACUUUGCCUCUCCCCACGUCCCAGUGCGGGUCUGGGAGAUGAAUCCUGCUGUCCGACUACUGCUGAUAGUCCGCGACCCCGCCGAGCGCCUCGUCUCCGACUAUACCCAGGUCCUUCAUAACCGUGUGACCCGCCACAAGCCCUACCAGCCUCUAGAGGAGUUGCUGCUCCGGCAGGGCCACAUCGAUCCGGCCUACAAGGCUCUGCAGAGAAGCCUGUACCACCAGCACCUGGCCCGCUGGCUGGAUGUAUUUCCCAGGGAGCAGGUCCAUGUGGUGGAUGGAGAGGCCCUCAUCAGACACCCCUUCCCGGAGCUCCGCAGGGCCGAGAGGUUCCUGGACCUUCCCCCGCGCAUUGCUCCCUCCAACUUCUACUUCAACACCACUAAAGGGUUCUACUGCCUCCUCUCUGCCGGGGGACAUGACAAGUGUCUGGAUGAGUCCAAGGGGAGGCCCCACGCUCCUCUCAGCUCACAGGCCUUCAGAAAGCUGUGUGGAUACUUCAGAGAACCCAACAGGCUGUUCUUUGAGAUGGUGGGUCGCUCCUUCAGCUGGUGUUGAACUGAUUGGGACAGAGAACAGAGAGAGGAGAUAGAGAGGGUACAUUGGAGAUAUUGGCCCAUAAUAACAAUAUUGUUAUCAUAAUUCUGUUGGCUUGCUUGGUUGAUUGAUGGUCCUGUGUGUGACUCAGUUGGUAGAGCAUGAUGCUUACAAUGCCAAGAUUGUGGGUUCAAUUCCCACUGGGGUCUGGUAUGGAAAGAAAAUGCAUGCACUCACAACUGUAAUAUGCUGUGGAUAAGAGUAUUUGCUAUAUGACAAAAAAAUGAUUGGUUGGAUGUUAUAAUUUGUGUUUAUUGAUGGGUGAGUGGGUGGAUUAAUCAGUUUCAGGUAGAUGAGAGAUGUGAGGACUACUGCUGCACACAUAGGACUUUAGAGAUCUCUGUGUUUUAAAUGUACUGUCAAUGAGCCAGGCUGAAACCCUGGGAGUAAGCAGCAUCCCAAGCAAAGACUGUAUAAGAUGACAAGCCCUCAAUGAGGGACACACACAUGAUGUGCAUAUUCAAUAUGGCUGCUCCACCCAUCACAGAUUAGAACCAUGACUUGAAUACGAGACCAUUCUAGUGAUUCAAUGUUUAUGCUACUACCUGCUGGAGAACAUGAACUGAAGUGCCCGUUCUGUGAUACUGUAUACCUGGUGGUCCUAAUACUUCCUGAUCAUCACUCCUCCUGGUGCCUGUCACGUGAGCCUUUGCUUCCAGGGAUGAACACUGUCUGAUGCACAAACUGCCAUCAAAUCAAGUGUCAGAAAGGAACUACAAUAACCUGUGCCAUACAAUUGUAUCAUGAACAAUCAGGACACAUAUAUAACUCUUGAAAUACAAUAUCUGUAGCUCCUGCUUCGUACUUUUGACGUUCAUUAAAAUGAGUUCUAGAACAGACACUUAGAAGAAACAGAUGAGUUCUACAACGGACACUGUUAAAACCUUAAAAGGAUCGUCCCCUUUUUUUUCCCAAUUUUCAUUGAAAAUUACAUACCCAAAUCUAACUGCCUGUAGCUCAGGACCUGAAGCAAGGAUAUGCAUAUUCUUGGUACCAUUUGAAUGGAAACACUUUGAAGUUUGAGGAAAUGUGAAAGGAAUGUAGGAGAAUAUAACACAUUAGAUCUGGUAAAAGAUAAUACAAAGAAAUGUACCAUCAUCUUUGAAAUGCAAGAGAAAAUCCAUAAUGUACUAUUCCAGCCCAGGUGCAAUUUAGAUUUUGGCCACUAGAUGGCAGCAGUGUAUGUGCAACGUUUCUGACUGAUCCAAUGAACCAUUGCAUUUCUGUUCAAAAUAUUGUAUCAAGACUGCCCAAAUGUGCCUAAUUUGUUUAUUAAUAACUUUUCAUGUUCAAAAUUGUGCACUCUCCUCAAACGAUACCAUGGUAUUCUUACACUGUAAUAGCUCAUGUAAAUUGGACAGUGCAGUUAGAUUAACAAGAAUUUAAGCUUUCUGCCAAUAUCAGAUAUGUCUAUGUCCUGGGAAAUGUUCUUGUUUCUUACAACCUCAUCCUAAUCGCAUUAGCCUAUGUUAGCUCAACCUAUCCCGCAGGGGACCCACAAAUCCUGAAGAAGUUUUUAAAAGAAACAGAUGAGUUCCAGAAUGGACUCUGUUAGAAUAAAUGUAUGAGUGUACAGAAAAAGGUUUUGAAAUGAGAUUGGGGCUACUAUGAACUGAUGCGAUUCUUUGCACUAUGAACCGAUGCUUAAAUGCAUAAAAGGUCAGUCUAUACAGUAUAUGUGGAACUACUGUAGCAAUAUGAAGCUGGUUCAAACUGUCUGACGUUUCAGACUGCUUACCAUUUUCACUGAACUGUUUACCAUUGUACAAAGUAUGCAAAAGAAUGUCCUCAUCUAGAUAAUUAUGUUUGCUUCUAGUGUUAUUGUGUUACUGGUGUUACUCUCAUAUUUGACUUUCACAUGUUCAAAAGAAAUGUAUUUUUCUUUGGGGGGGUUGUGGGGUUGUUGGGGGGUUGUUGAAUUUCGAUUUUGAAUUUUAAAUUUCGAUUUCCAGAAGUUUGAGCUGUAAUGUAUUAUAUGUAUUGAACAAUAUUUAAUAGAGUCAAUAAACAAUUAUCUCCACUUA